AUGGUUGAACUUAAACCUGUGGAGGGAGACGUCUACCUGUGGAAAUACCUACCAUCGAUCCCAGCAGCAGCAUUAUUCCUCGUCCUUUUUGCGGUCGCAACAGGUGUUCUUUGCUGGCGCUUGAUCAGAACCCGGACAUGGUUCUGCAUACCAUUUGCAAUCGGUGGAAUCCUCCAAGUAGGCGGCUAUGGUGUCCGUAUAUACUGUCACUGGCACACCGACGAAAUCCCCGCCUUCGCCGUCCAAAGUAGUUUCAUCAUUCUCGCUCCCGUGUUCUAUGCCGCCUCGAUUUACAUGGUCCUCCGCCGCCUCAUCUGUUCAAUCAAAGGAGAACGCUUUUCGAUCGUCCCAGCGAAAUGGUUAACCUGGAUUUUUGUCGCAGGCGAUGUAAUCGCCCUAAGCAUCCAAGGAAACGCCGUGGGUCUAACCUUCAAAGAAAGCACCCAAAAGAUCGGAGAAUGGAUCAUCACCGCUGGAUUAAUCGUUCAAAUCCUCAUCUUCGGUUUCUUCAUCAUCGUGUGCAGUAUCUUCCACGCUAGGAUGAAUAAAGAUGUUAGCGAAAAUCCUAGAAGUGGACCGCAUUUGACUAUUCCAUGGAGGGCCGGGUUGAAGAUGUUGUAUGCCUGCAGCGCAUUGAUCAUGGUCAGGUCGGUGUUUAGGGUUAUUGAGUACGUUAUGGGGGUUGAUGCGUACUUGUUGGCAAAUGAGUGGCCUUGGUAUAUUUUUGACGCUGUUUUGAUGCUUGCGACGCAAGUUAUCUUUGUGGUUUGGUUCCCGGACCAGUUCCGACCGGAGGAGAUUGUUUUGAAGAGUGAGGGAGAUAGUGAGGAUGGGCACACCCUUGUGGAGGUGGAGCGCAGGGGCUUUGAUAACUGUUAG